CGGCAGAGAGCGGCGAGCCAGGGGCGCCAAGAACGUGCCACACCCCCACCGCGGGGCACGGAGGGUUUUGCCCGGGGAGACACAAAGACAUGCGAAGAGGGGCUGAGCCAGGCUCGCGCACAAAGACGCCGGGGCGCACGGCCACUCGGGCUGCACCGACCGCCCCCGCGCCGCGCUGCGCCGGGGCCGGGCCAGCGCGGAACCCCGGGCUGAGCGCGCGGCGGCUGCUGGCCGGCGCGGGACCCGGGUCGCCCGCGCUCUCCGGGUGACCCGGGCCCGGCCGCAGGCACGCGCGGGGGCGGCUGUGCCUGAGCCCAACUUGGCCUCGGCCUCGCCCUCUGCCCAGCCCGCCGGUGUCCCCUCCUUCCCGCGAUUUCGUUUCUUCUCACGCUCCCCCCACACCCCCUCCCGCGUCCAGCCCCGCUCUCCCCACCUUGUAAAACAAAGCCGGGGAAAAUGCCUGCCCAUGCAGCUCGGAGCGCGCAGCAGCCCGUCUCUGAAUAAGAAUGGCGGCACCUGACUUGCUGGAUCCUAAAUCUGCCGCUCAGAACUCCAAACCGAGGCUCUCCUUCUCCACGAAACCUACAGUGCUUGCUUCGCGGGUGGAGAGUGACACGGCCAUUAAUGUUAUGAAAUGGAAGACGGUCUCCACGAUUUUCCUGGUGGUUGUCCUCUAUCUGAUCAUCGGAGCCACCGUGUUCAAAGCAUUGGAGCAACCUCAGGAGAUUUCUCAGAGGACCACCAUUGUGAUUCAGAAGCAGACAUUCAUAUCCCAACACUCCUGUGUCAAUUCCACCGAGCUGGACGAACUCAUUCAGCAAAUAGUGGCAGCAAUAAAUGCAGGGAUUAUACCCUUAGGAAACACCUCCAAUCAAAUCAGUCACUGGGAUUUGGGAAGUUCCUUCUUCUUUGCUGGCACUGUUAUUACAACCAUAGGAUUUGGAAACAUCUCACCACGCACAGAAGGUGGAAAAAUAUUCUGUAUCAUCUAUGCCUUACUGGGAAUUCCCCUCUUUGGUUUUCUGUUGGCUGGAGUUGGAGAUCAGCUCGGGACCAUAUUUGGAAAAGGAAUUGCCAAAGUGGAAGAUACAUUUAUUAAGUGGAAUGUUAGUCAGACCAAGAUUCGCAUCAUCUCCACCAUCAUAUUUAUACUGUUUGGCUGUGUCCUCUUUGUGGCUCUGCCCGCGAUCAUAUUCAAGCACAUAGAAGGCUGGAGUGCCCUGGAUGCAAUUUAUUUUGUGGUUAUCACCCUGACAACCAUUGGAUUUGGUGACUAUGUGGCAGGCGGAUCAGAUAUUGAGUAUCUAGACUUCUACAAGCCUGUUGUGUGGUUUUGGAUCCUGGUAGGUCUUGCUUACUUUGCUGCUGUUCUGAGCAUGAUUGGAGAUUGGCUCCGAGUGAUCUCUAAAAAGACAAAGGAAGAGGUGGGAGAGUUCCGAGCACAUGCUGCUGAGUGGACAGCCAACGUCACGGCCGAAUUCAAAGAAACCAGGAGGCGGCUCAGCGUGGAGAUUUAUGACAAGUUCCAGCGUGCCACCUCCAUUAAGCGGAAACUCUCUGCAGAACUUGCUGGGAACCACAACCAGGAGCUGACUCCUUGUAGGAGGACCCUGUCGGUAAAUCACCUGACCAGCGAGAGGGACGUCUUGCCUCCCUUACUGAAGACUGAAAGUAUCUAUCUGAACGGUUUGACGCCACACUGUGCUGGCGAAGAGAUUGCUGUUAUUGAGAACAUUAAAUAGCCCUCUUUUGGAAGAGCCUUAGGCGUAGCCAUAGGUGAGGACUGCUAUAUGCUCUCUAUGACUGUUGCUGGUAGCAUUUUAAAAAUUGUGCAUGAGCUCACAAGGGGAAGCAAAUAGAUACACCCAUCAUGGUCACGUACCAUCAAGAGAAUUGGAAAUGCUGAGCCAGCACUGUCUUUCUGAGGAUGCUUGUAAAAUGGUCCACUUUCUUUCAUGAGUGGAAGGAUAAGCAAUGUCUGAUGCCUUUAUGUGCCCAGACUGUUUUCCUCCCCUUUUUCCUAAUGUGCCAUAAGGCCUCAGAAUGAAUUAUAAUUGUUUUUGGUAAUAAUGUAGCUUUGAAGGAUCAGUCCUUAACUUUUCAGGGUCUACCUAACUGAGCCUAGAUACGGACCAUUUAUGGAUGACAACAUUUCUUUUUGUAAAUGGCAAGAAAUUCUUAUGCAGCCUUUUACCUAAGAAAUUUUCUGUCAGUGCCUUAUCUUAUGAAGAAACAGAACCUCUCUAGCUAAUGUAUGGUUUCCCCUUCCCUACCCCCAGCCCUAGGCUCACCCCUACAGUCUUGUACCCUAGUACUCCCAUUUAAAUACCAUACCUUGCUGGAAACAGUGUGUUAAAUGACUGAGGUAAUGAUGCCCGAAGAAGAAAAAAAUGCCAAAUUAGAAGGACAUUAAAGCAACACUCAAGAAACUCUAGCGUUAAAGGCACUGCAGAGAAAGGAGGUGCAAAGACGGCCCCUCUGAGUAUUUAUUUGACUCAGGUACCAAUGGUACAUAUAUAUGGUGUAAUAAUUACCAGGACGGUAACAUCGGCUGCUCCCAACCAGUCCUUUUUUCCCUGGCAGUAUUUGGAAUAUUUGAAAUUUAUCAUUUAUUAAUAACUAUACAUUUUUAAAGGCAGAAGAAAGUAAGUAUAUGUAUAUAUAUACAUGUAUAUGUGUAUACAUGUAUAUGUGUAUAUAUAUAUAUGUAUAUGUAUGUAUUUAUAUGAUCUGACCGAAAAAAACUGUUAAAGAUAGAUAUUACUAGAGGUGAUUUUAAACAGUUGGUGCAAAUUCAUUCUGAUGACAAGAAAGUAGCAAAACAAUGUUAUAAAUAUUUGCUAAUAAGCAUUUUACUGCCAGCUUCUACUUGCUUUUUGAUAUAUGAAAGGCUUAUAUCAUUUUCUUUCCUUGAGGGCUUUUGCCAUAUGGGGGGAGGUGAUACCCAGUGAGAGGAGGGCGCAGUCCCGCCUUCUGUGGGUACCUUUGGAGUUGUGACUGGGGGCGAGAACAGAAGUGGCACCUGGGAUCACUGUGAUUUUGCACACAGGAAAAUGCAGAUUGCAGGCAGAAUUUGUCUCUGACAUUAGAGAAAACGCUGUUAGAGCACAAUUUAAAUCUUGAGAGUUAUUUUUUUUUAAAAUAGAAAGGCUGAUAAUCUUUUUGAGUUUAAUUUUAUAUCCUGUAAUUCUUUCGAUGUUUCCAAGAUUCAGAGGAAAAUUCAGAAAAAUUUACUGCGCUCAGUAAAUCGCUACCCUUUCCUUUAUUUUCAUACUCAGAUCUGCUGUACAUUGUAUAUAUAAUUUUUGAAAUGCAGAAAGAAAAUGAUUUCCCUAUAUAUAACUGCAAAAUUGAUUUACUUUUCUUUUUGGGGGGUGGACAUAUCUGAACAAGUGGCAUUCAGAUUAGACUCUUAAAAAAUUAAACCCAGGAUCUUAAAAAACAAACUAAUAGACACUUAUUUUCCAAAAUUUACAUUUAAACUAAAAAUGUAAAUAUUCUGUUAGCUUGUUAAAGGUACUUUUAUAAACCUAAAAAAUUCUAACCAAAUUUUAGGAAGUCAGGCUCUUUUAGAAAGAAAGCUACAUCCAUUUCCUCAACAACUGUUCUGAAAGUUCAUAUGGUGGAAUGCACCAUGUAUAAACUGUGAAUUGUAUUGACAAAUAAAGUUUGUAAUGAAAGACAGCAUUUUCUGAGUCUCCUGCUU